ACCGCUGCAGCGCGAGGCCGCUCUGGCCGGGGGCUCCGCGCGCCUCUGUGAUCGGCCCCUCCAGCUCCUGCCGUCGCCGCCGCCGCCGCCGCCGCCGCCGCCACUGCCCGAAGGUGCUGCUUCUGCUGCCGCCGCUGUUUGGGUCGCAGAUCCUUGCUGAGACAUCGCCGAACAUUUUUGUGGAACCUGCUUAAGAAUUCAGACACAGUGAGUGACCCCUGGAGGACAGCUCAGAGCCUCCGGCCUCCGGGUCUCCCACCAGCCCCAUCAGAGAGAUGUCCUAUGUUUUUGUAAACGAUUCUUCCCAGACUAAUGUGCCCUUGCUGCAAGCCUGUAUUGAUGGGGACUUUAACUAUUCCAAGCGGCUUUUGGAGAGUGGCUUUGACCCAAACAUCCGCGACAGCAGGGGGAGGACCGGCCUGCACCUCGCGGCAGCCCGCGGGAACGUAGACAUCUGCCAGCUGUUGCAUAAAUUUGGUGCUGACCUGCUGGCCACAGACUAUCAAGGAAACACAGCCCUGCACCUCUGUGGCCACGUGGACACCAUCCAGUUUUUAGUUUCCAAUGGACUCAAAAUUGAUAUUUGCAAUCAUCAAGGUGCUACCCCCUUAGUUCUGGCAAAGCGCAGGGGCGUGAAUAAAGAUGUCAUCCGAUUGCUGGAAUCUUUGGAAGAACAAGAGGUGAAAGGAUUUAACAGAGGCACCCACUCAAAACUGGAGACCAUGCAGACGGCUGAGAGCGAGAGUGCUAUGGAAAGCCACUCUCUUCUCAAUCCCAACCUCCAGCAGGGCGAGGGCGUCCUCUCCAGCUUUCGAACCACGUGGCAGGAGUUUGUGGAGGAUCUGGGCUUCUGGAGGGUCUUGCUGCUGAUCUUCGUCAUCGCGCUGCUGUCUCUCGGCAUUGCCUACUACGUGAGCGGGGUGCUGCCCUUCGUGGAAAACCAGCCGGAACUGGUGCAUUAGAGGGGCUCCCGGGAGGCGGCUGGAGACCUGCCUCCUGGCACCCAGGGUCGCUUCUCCGUUUCUCAGCACUUUCUCGGUGCAAGGCAGUGAGGGCUGUGCAUUUUUAUCUUUUUGUUUGUGACUCGUGUGAAACCCGUCCCGCUGUGUCGGGAACACUGCGGGCUGCCUCCGACUCGGCCUGGCUUCCUCCAGGGGCCUGCGCGGCCUCCUUGCUAGAAACAUGGGAUCGACUGAAGCACAGGCUUCUGGUGUGAUUUGAUUUUGUUAGUGGUUUUUUUUUUUUUUUUUUAGUUUUGUAACAAUUCCUUUGCGAUGGUCUCUGCGGGGAGGGGAACGAAACCAUUCGGCUUAAAAAUUUGAAGUAUGUUUUCAGACUCUGUAGGCCAAAUUAGUAGUUAGAAGCUGACUUAAUUGAAAUGUUUUCAAGUCUAGUUAUAAAUCAAACAAAACUUGUGAAAAUGAGAUGUCCUUUCUCCAGAACUGAUUGAUUUUAUCUUAUGUGUAAUUGUCUUAGGGCUAUUUUGAUCCUUAUGAACUGCUAACAAAGUUAUCUAAGAAGUAGCAUUAAGAAGUUCACUUUAGCUGGCUGGGGUGGCUCAUCCCUGUAAUCCCAGCACUCGGGAGGCUGAGGCUGAGGAUCGUUAGGAAUUCAAGACCAGCCUGGGCUACAAAGUGAGCUCAAGGCCAACCUGAACUGCAUAGCCAGACCCUGUCUCAAAAAGGCAAAAAAAGAAACUCACUUUAUUCACUUUCCUUUGCCCCAUGUGUUUAUUUGAGAGGUUCCCUUUUUCUACUGAGUAGUUGGCAGGGAAAAACAGUCCCCAUAGUAAACUGUUACUACAGUUCUGUAGUGCUGCUUAUUAUCAGUUCCAUAAGCUAGCCAUGUGGCCACAGUUGUAUUAUAAUUAUUUAAUGCAUGGUCUACUUAGAGGCUGUCACAGUUUGUGUAACAACAGGAUCAGUAAUCCUGUGGCAGUUGGGAAGGAUGGAGUGUUUCCACACUAACGGCCCUCAACAGUAAUGUCCUUGGUGUCGCAAACGUUUUAUGGAAGGUAACAUUACGUAAAAUUGAAGUCUGGCCUCCAAACUACACUGCAGAAGCCCCCUUUUGUUAAUGAUUCUGUAAUGUAUAAAUCAUAUUCUUAGGUUAUUAUAAAAGAAUAUUAAGGCUUAAUAACUGUCCACUGAGUGAAGUCUGAAAAUUAUAUUGAAAACUGGUAGAUUUAUACUCUGAAACACAGGCAUAUCAAUGAACACUAGUUGAAUUGUUGCAAGACUUAGAAAUUGCAGUUAGACUAGAAUUGCUACAUCCCUGAUCCUUUUGCUUCUGGAUAUUUUCUUUGUAUUUAUAUGUGUGGUUGUGAGGCUUGCUUUCAAAUGGCUUUAUCCUCUUACAGAGCUGGUUUAAAAUUCCCAGUUAACUGGCUGCUUCAGUAAUCAGCAUAUGGAGUCUUGCUUUUAGGUUAGGUGCAAACAAAAGUAAUCAUAGUCCAUGUAAAUUACAGCAAAAGAAAAGAUCAGAAUGAAAGCUUUGGAAUUAACUUUACAUUGUAAGUCUAAACAAAUAUGCAAAUUGAUUGAUACAUUAAAUAUGUUUUUUAAGAUUAAUAUUCCCUUUUAAGUAUAGAUUUCUUUGUAUUCUGUUUUCUGCAUUCAUCAUUCCGUAAUACCACCAAUAAAUGUAUUUAUAAAUCCUUAA